UCCAGGGAUCUUGGGGGAAACACAGGGGCGUGAUAGGGGCUGAGGACACAAGAUGGAUUUGAAAAUUGAUACGUCGUUAAGUUAUUUUUGGCCGGAUAGCUUAUGCGCAAGUGAAGUGGAAGAUCUUUAUUCCUCCUCUGUGUUAAGUCAGCAUGGCCAGUGAGACGACUGACGGCGGGUGAAAGCUGGUUAGAAACCUUGCAAAGCGUCGUUAAGGAACUUCUUAAAAUGCUGCAUCAGGAAAACGAAGUUAACUACGUUACAUAGAGAUUCAGAAGUGCAUGCAUGCAAGCAGAAGCGCAAACAUGACAACUGAGAUGGCUCAGCAGCAACAGCUGGAUCCCUGUGGGUCUGUGCGCUCCUGCGCCGCGGUGCUCAGUCCGCAGCCAGACCUGGAAGACGGUCAGGGCGCAGUUAAGGGAAAAAAAGCCAACUCAGGCUUAAGACGCCCAGAAAAGCCCCCUUACUCGUAUAUCGCACUUAUAGUGAUGGCAAUCCAAAGUUCACCCAGCAAAAGAGUAACUCUGAGCGAGAUUUAUCAGUUCCUGCAAGCCAGAUUUCCCUUUUUCAGAGGACAAUAUCAGGGAUGGAAGAAUUCCGUCAGACACAACUUGUCUCUGAACGAAUGCUUCAUCAAACUACCCAAAGGUUUGGCAAGACCUGGCAAGGGUCACUACUGGACCAUAGACCCAGGCAGCGAGUUCAUGUUCGAGGAGGGGUCCUUUCGUCGCAGACCGAGGGGAUUCCGGAGGAAAUGCCAAGCUCUGAAACCAGUGCCCAGGAUGAUGAAUGGCAUCGGGUUUGACGCGUCAAUGCUGGCGCAGAACUUUGAUUUCCAAUCUCCUCAAGUCUCAUUAUCAUACCAUAAUAACUACAACAUAGAUUUAGUGAGUAGUACAGUUCAAGGUGGGUUUGAAGGACUCAGCGUAGGCCACCACGUCCCACGUAUUUCUUCCUCCUCCCUGACAUCCUACAUGACGGCAUGUAAGACAGCUUCUAUCACAAAUUAUUACCCAGACAGCAGCAGCAGUAGUCCCAUACAGUCCUCACCAGCGAUAAGAGGCACACUGGACUGCAGCACAUGUACUUACGCGAACGCGGCUUCGCACUGGACCGCACCUGGGGUGUCCUCACACAGAAAACAGCAGGUUCUGGCAUCAAGCUGCGCCAACUCCUCUGCGGCUUCACCUUCUUCAUUGGAGCAGAGCUAUUUGCAUCAUCACACACGAGAUUCAUCUGAGGUGUGGGAUUGCCUCGAUAUUCCAGCCCCUCAACUGUCCCAAUGCCGGAAAGGAAGGAAUUCGUUUUAAACUUAAAUGGAAUCUCUUCCCUCCAUCCAAGUGGAUCCUAUUAUCCUCAGCUUCACCACCACGACAGCGACUGCCAGGACGUGAAACCAUGUGUGAUGUGACAACGAGGUUUUUAGUCUAAAUUUAAGGUCCACUAAAGUUUUGUCUCGUGAACCCGUUUUCAAUUUGGACAUUUAAAAAACACAAAAAGGGUUUCAAGAUAUUAUUUGCAAACAUUGUGAAACACUCAUAGCCUCAAUGACAAUACGACACUCCAUAUAUUUAGGUAGUAUUUGAAACAAAUAUCCAUGUACGACCCUUAUUUAACUUAUAUACAAACUUUUGUAUUCUGGUGUCUGGUUUAUUGCCUCCUAUUAAAUAAUUACCCUUUAAAGAAUGACA